AUGGCCGAAGAGAAUAGCACUAAUACUCCUUCCGAUGCAACUUCCUCGAAGCCAAAAUCAAAAAAAUAUCGAAAAGACAAACCUUGGGAUAAUGAGGAUAUAGAUCAUUGGAAAAUUGAUCCAUUUACCCGGGAGGACAAUCCGUACUCUUUUACAGAAGAAUCAUCUUUUGCAACCCUAUUUCCAAAAUAUCGGGAAAAUUAUUUAAAAGAAGCAGUUAAGAUUCUUGACGAUGGUGUAUCAUGUGAUAUUAUCAAAAUUGGAAAUAUGAUUCGAAGCAAAGAACGUUUUGUCAAACGUAGACAAAGAUUGAUUGGACCAAAUGGUUCAACGCUAAAGGAAUUAAUGAUUAAAAGAGAACUCGCCAAAGAUCCAAAGCUAAAAAAUGAAUCAUGGGAUAGAUUCUUGCCUCAUUUCAAAAAACAAAACGUUAAAAGACCUAAAAAACAAAUCAAGAAGAAAGAAUAUACACCAUUUCCUCCUCCACAAACUCCGAGAAAGAUUGAUUUGCAAUUGGAGUCUGGUGAAUAUUUCCUUAAGCCUAAAGAAAAGGCAGCUCGUGAAAUGGAGAAGAAAAAGGAAAAACGAAAGGAAAAUACUCUAAAACGGAAAGCAGAAAGAGAAAAAGCUUUUAUUCCACCUGUAGAAGAUGUCCCAAAAAGAAAGAAACGAAAGGCUAAAACUGAUUCAAGUCAAU